CGCACGCAGUGACAGCCGGCAGGAGACGACCCGUAAGCUGGUAGACUCGGUGUGUUUUCUGGCCCCAACGGUGCCGGAACCUCCCUUGUCUACCCUCGUCCACCCUCGCCCGCGAGACCUUGCCUUCAGGUGUACUGUACAUCCCCCUCCUAAUGCCGAGCGGUUGCCUUCCUCAACAUGACGGUCUCAGCCCUCCCUGACGACUCGGUCGUUGUCAUCGCAUCGUCGAGGACGGUUAUCACGCUGCCAGACGACACACUUCUCCUGACCCCGGCGACUAUCACCAUCUCGCCAGCGACCGGCAAGAUCACGUCCGUAGUCCAGGAGCUCCUACCCCGGAGCUCCUUCCCGGAAGCAUGGGUGUACCACGACUACAGCCCGAAGCUGUUGCUUCCCGGCCUAGUUGACGCUCAUGUUCACCUGAACGAGCCGGGCCGCACCGAGUGGGAGGGCUUCAACACGGGAACCAAGGCCGCGGCCUCGGGCGGCGUCACGACUGUCAUUGACAUGCCCCUGAACGCCAUCCCGCCGACGACCACCCUCGCCGGGUUCCGGAAAAAGCUCGCUGCGAGCCGCGGCCAGUGUUGGAUCGAUGUUGGGUUCUACGGCGGUGUCGUCCCUGGCAAUGCUGCCGAACUGUUACCUCUCGCGGAGGCCGGCGUCCGUGGCUUCAAGGGAUUCCUCAUCGACUCAGGGGUCGAAGAGUUCCCUGCCGUGUCGUCAAAGGACAUUGCGCUCGCCAUGACGACGCUCAAGGACGAGCCGACCACGCUGAUGUUCCAUGCUGAGAUGGUCCCUCCCCUGGACGGCGUACCGGCGGGCGGCUCACUCAGCGACGCGGUCCAGCAGUCCGAGCUUCCGGCCCGCCCCGCCGGCGAGCUCGACAGCUACAGCACCUUCCUGGAAUCCCGGCCGCCGGCGUUCGAGACGUGCGCCGUGGGGGAGAUCCUGUCGCUGGCGCACCUCGCGCCGCGGCUCCACCUGCACAUCGUGCACCUCUCGGCGGCCGAGUGCAUCCCGCUGCUGCGCGAGGCGCGCCGGCGCGGCGUCAACAUCACGGCCGAGACGUGCUUCCACUACCUCGGCUUCGCCGCGGACGACAUCCCCGACGGCGACACCCGCCACAAGUGCUGCCCGCCGAUCCGCUCGCAGACGAACCAGCUCGGGCUGUGGCGCGAGAUCGCCGACCCGGCCGGCUGCAUCCAGACCGUCGUCUCGGACCACUCGCCCUGCACCCCGGAGCUCAAGCUGCUGCCCCCGCACCUGCAGACCGAGUUCCAGGACGGGCCGCGGCCGCCCAUGCAGCACGCCGACUCGGGUAUCGACGUGUCGCCGCCGGAAGAUGAAAAGAAGGAGGAGGAGCAAGAGGAGAUGAAGCAGGCGGAAGUAGAGACGGCGUCUUUGACGGCUGACGAGACGCGCCCCACCAAGACACAGGGCGACUUCUUCGCCGCAUGGGGCGGCAUCUCGUCGGUGGGGCUCGGCCUGCCGAUCCUGCACACGGCGGCGGCGGCGGCGGCGGCGGACGGGGCGCUGUCCGUGGUCGACAUCGUCCGCUUGUGCAGCCAGGCGACGGCCAAGCAGGUCGGGCUGGCCCACCGCAAGGGCGGCAUCCGGGCCGGCAUGGACGCGGACCUCUGCGUCUUCGACGACGCGGACGUGUGGACGCUGCGGGCGGCCGACAUGCGCUGGAAGAACCGGUGCUCGCCCUGGGAGGGCCACACGUUCCGCGGCCGGGUCCACGAGACCUGGCUGAGGGGCCGCAAGGUGUUCCAGCUCGGCGGCGAGAACGGGGGCUUUGUCGGCGGGCAGCCGAUCGGGGAGGCGAUUGUGGAGAGGAGGACCGCGUGAUUCCUCGGCGUUUGUCUUUUCUUCCUUCCCCUUUUCAGUUUUGUUGAGCGGUUGCAGCGACGAUUAGACUCUUGCAAAUACCCAGCGGGCGUCGGAGAGUAGAUGGCCAGCAGCGUCCAUAUAGAUCAUACCUGGUAGUAAAUACCAAGCCUACAUUGCUGAUCCUACGAAGCAG